AUGGUCAGGCUGACCACCAAGCAGUUGUGGAGCCCGGUAGACGUCGAGGAAACGGAAUUUGGCUUCCAGUUCCCAGUCGAUACGCCGGCCCUUAUCGAGGUCUUCAUGUUAGCAAAUGCUCUGGAAGUGGCCGAACUUCGUUUUCCGAUGCCUCCAGCCUGCGUGGCCGCGCUCCUGGAAAGUUCUUCGUCGACACUCGUUCACCUGGAGAUCGAGACUGGGUUUGAGAGGUUCACGUCGCGCAACAUCUCGAUGCUCCGAUGUCUUUCCCGGUUACGGGAACUGAAGAUCACCUUUAACUGGGAUGAUGGAAACGACAGCAAUGCAGAGCCGAUUCCGCCCGUCUUCCUUCCGCAAGUGAAGAUACUGAACAUAGGAUUCUUCGGUGGAUGGCACACAUGUGCCCAUGUUCUUGGCGCCUUGCGAAUUCCCUUGUUGCUCUCGGUUACCUUGAGAUUUUAUCUUCGGGACAGGGUCGAGAUCCCGGUUGGUGUAGUGCACGGCUUCCUGAACAGGCACAGUGCCACUAUCCAAGAAUUCACGAUCACGCCGUCGUCCACUUUACAACCGUCCUUCAUCUCACUGCUGAAGAGCCUUCGUUUGCUGUCGCUACCCUGGAUAAGCACGGCACCCGACCGAUCGAUCCUGCAAGUUCUACCGCCAACCUUAGCUGAGCUCCGCUUGGAUAUCCACCCACCCGAGGAUACCUUCGCCGAGGAACAAAAUGCCUUUUUCGAGGAGCUUCUCAGAGCCUCCCUUCCAUCCCUCAAGACUAUCCAUGGUUGGUCGGGCUGGAAUGUCCUGCUCUGGAAAAAGUUAGAGGACAAUCCAGAUAAACAAGAGCCAACGACCAGGAAGCUGUUUGAGAUCGCCCGCGCAUUCAGACUCAAGGGCAUCGAGCUCCUCGACUCCAGUGGUGAGACAUACUCUGAUGCCACGAGAGACACAGAUACGGAUCGAGCUCCUCGACACCAGUGGUGA